AUGCUCGAGGCCAACCCAACCCCAGCGAGGAACCGCUUCGUGGCCGUCGAGUUCGACACCACGAAGCUGGACUACGAUCCCAACGACAACCACGUCGGCCUCAACGUUGGCUCUGUCGUGUCCGUCAAGACGGUGAACCUGACGGCGUUCCGCAUCACCACGAACAGCAGCAACCCCACCAACUACACGCAGGUCGAGUACGGCAGCGGCGGCGCGGCGCACGUGUCCGUGUACAUGGGCGUCCGGCGAAGCCGGCCGGCGUCCCGGUCUUUGGACUCCCCAUUGGACCUCGCCGAAAGCACGUCCCGGAGAAGGCGUACAUCGGCACGCCAUUGCGCCUGGCUACGUGUGGACGAGCGACGUCUAGUGGACCGGACCGAGCGACCGCUGCUGCUAGACAUCCUGACCGAAGGCCACAACGUUAGCACGGUAGCGCCGACUGACGCAUUGGCGCCCUCGCCAAGGUUGCUGUGCCAAGAAGCCAUGCAGAUCGUCGACUACACACCAGGAGUCACGACAACAAUUAUGGAUUCCGUGAUCUACAAACAUGAUGACAUGUCCCAAGAAAGAACCCUGCCAUUUGGAGAUGCAGGGAACAUGGGAGGAAGCAAUGUAGAAAUUCUCACAAGAAUAGAGCUCGAUAUUGCUUUUGCCUCAGAGAAAUUAUUAAAUUUGGAGAUGCUGGUUAUGGAAAUAGCACGUCAGGCUACUGACUUUGAGCCUGCUACGCUUGAAGAUGAAUCUAUUUUUUCUGAGACUGCAGAGAAUGCUUUUGAACUGGACAUCUUGUAUGGUAUUCUUGAUGCUGAAGUCAAGGAGCUACAUAACUUGAUUAGUUCUCUUCAAGCUGAUAUCAAAAGUAUAGAGCAUCAGGACUAUGAAGAAGGAGGCAAGGUAAAAGCUAGAAUGGAUGCAGCUAAAUUGUCCUUGAAGCAGAUGCAAGAGCUAAUUGCUGAUAUUAGGAACGAGUCUGCAAAGUUUGAGAAAGUCAUUGCGUUUUCCCACGAUAAGGAAGGGACCAUUGAAGCUGUUGGAUGUGAUAACGGCCAUCUGUCAUAUCAAACUGGUACGCAGACAGAAGAUCAACACAGAAAUGUUUUACAUAUGUUAGAAAAAUCCAUAGCAAGUGAGCUAGAUCUUGAAAAGAAGCUAUCUGAUUCGAUAUCUGUCAUAGAAGACCUCAGACUGAAGCUCCAUCAUCAGGAAGAGGAAAUCUAUUUCCUUGAGGAAUCAACUGAAACAAUUUCAGGUAGAUUGUUUGAAGCAGAAAAUGCUUCAAAGCUACUUUUCGGAACCUCAAAGGAACUUAUAAAUAGGCUUAAUAACAUGCAGUUUCAUGUAAGUGCGCUAAAAGGUACAGAAGAUGAUCUCAAGUCAAAACUAGAACAAAGCUUGACAAAACUGUCUUUUCUGGAAAAUAGCCCAGACAAGGUGGAAAAAGAGAGUGACAAAGUUGGAGCUGGAUCACCAUCAUUGCAGGAUAAAAUACAGGAGUUAGAAAAACAGUUGAAUGAAUCCAAUUUACAACUCCAAUUUGCACUAGCUUCAGCAGAAACAAGGCAGGAGGAGCAAAAUGCAUUGCAAUCUGAGCUGAUCACAAUGGAAAAUACAAUUAAGAAUAUCAAAGAUGAUGUUUCACGAGCAGAAAGCAGAGCACAAAAUGCAGAAAUAAGGUGUAUGCAGCUAACUGUAGCUAAUAUAGAGCUUAAUGGGGAACUAGAUGCCCUUAAAAGCGAGAAGUCAGAUAAGGCCAAUCUUUUGGACAAGAAACUUACAGAGUCAAAUACCCAAUUAGAGCAUGCAAAGGCAGCAGUUGAUGCCAUUGUUGAACAGCAGGGUAUGCUGAAAUGUACAAUUUCUGAUAUGGAACAUAUUAUCGAAGAUCUGAAGGGCAAAGUUUCAAAAACUGAAACCAGGGCUGAGAGUGCUGAAUCAAAGUGCACACUGUUAACAGACACAAAUUUAGAACUUAGUGAAGAGCUAGCAUUUCUAAGAGGUCGAGUAGAAAGUCUAGAAAACUCGUUACGUGAAGCCAACCAUGCGAAGGUGUCCACUGCCAAGGACAUCUGUGUGAGAACUAAAAUUAUUACUGAUUUGGUCAGAAAAUUGGCACUGGAAAGAGAACGACUUCAUCUUCAGAUUGCUACGUUAACAAAGAAGAACAAGAUGUUGGUUAAAAAAUGUAAAGAGGAUAUUAAUGGUAGCAUACAAAUGAGCAAAAAGGCUACUUCCAAUUGCACUGAAUUUCAGUCAACUCAAAAAGCUGAGGAAAUAUGUCCAGAUUCUCUGCCAUCACAAACUGUGGUGGAGAAACCAUCAGAUCCUAUUGAUAAUGAUGAAGUUAAGACUCAGAGUCCAUCACAGGAUGUUUCCACUUGGGAGGAUGAUUCCACAUCGGAUGACAUUCAUGAGACAGUGCGCACCAUAGAGCCAUCACUACUAAACCGGAAAUAUACUUUUGUGGCACUUCUAGUGUUGUUGGCUGCUUGCGUUGUGUUCUUGUUACAUGAAUAUGGCGGCCCUGCAUGA